UUGCGCUCGGGUCAGUCUCGCACAAGCUACGCUCGAAGUCAGACGUGUGCUGUCGUUUGUAACCAACCGCACGCACACACGACUCCCAUGUGAACAACAAAAAAAAAAGAAAAUCUCCUGUCCACUCUUCGCAGCAGAAACACCAUCAUCAAAAUCGAAUCAAAACAGAAUACAAAUCUUGAGAAUUAUUGUUAAAAUGUUACCGGUGCAUCGAACACAUCCAAACUCGAAGAUUCGUUAACUCUUAUGGGAUCCGAUCCGGACUAUGUGAAUCUAAAAAAGAUGAUCCACAGUGAAGCAAUAUCAUUACCCGGAUGGCAUGGAAUCUCUUCUUCGGCGAUCAGUGUUCUCCAGAUUACUAGAUAACAAGACGAUUAUUGUUUAUUUAUUAUUUUUUUGUAUUGGAACGUGCGCCUACAAUUUAGUUUAUUUUUUUGAACUUAAAUGAAAGUGAACAGAUUUGAAGAAUACGCAGUGAAUCAGUUGAUUAAUCCUUGUUUUUAAUUUUUAAAUUUUCCUAUAUAUCAUUUUAGUUGUUUACUGUUAAUUUUUUUGUAUUCUUGUAAAUACGUACAUUCGACAUAACUAUAAUUAUGCCUUGCGUGAGAAAUUCGUACGACCUCUUCGAGGGCAGGAUGAACACCAGAUUAACGGUGCCGCAGGGCGUUUGGGCCAUCUUUCUCCUCAUCAUGAUCUCUCUCUCCGUCGUUGGAAUAUCAGUAUUACUUUGGUUGUCCGUCGGUCCAACGCACAAUCCUCCUCCAUCAAUUAUGGCCAAUGCGCCGGGAAUCAUAGAUGCAUCGAAUGGGCCAAUUAAGGAACACAUUAGCGAUGUGGAAUACGUGAAGCCAAUGAAGAUAAGCCCGUUACCACUGAACAAUCACGAUCUGCUCUACGAUCAAUUGAGAAAUCACAUAGAUGAAUCUCCUAAUAAUAAGCAUCACAGCGGCCACUUCAGAAGUAAAAGUGCAGAGGUUUGGGACCCUCAUCCGCGCUAUGAGAUUGACGCGUUUGGUAAAAAAUUAGAGCUUGUUCUGAUAUAUAACGAUAAAUUUGUUUCACAAAAUUUAAAUGUGAUCCACGUGUGGGAGAAUUACACGCAAAGGAUAAGGCACGAUCCGAGGAGCUCCGGAUGUUAUUACUCUGGCAACAUCAGCGAUGAUCCCCAUUCUAUGGUCGCCGUCUCCUUGUGUCAUGGAAUGACAGGAUACAUAAAAACGAGCGAUUGGACGUAUUACAUCGAGCCGGCGGAGGAUUUCAAAGACAACGCUGUUAUGAGUACGAUUUUGCAUGUGAUCAGGAGAAGUCCCAUUGGUGUCGGGAAUAUCGACGACUACAGCGAUGCAGAUCAUUGUGAAACCCAUCAAAGUGAUCGUGAAGAAGAAAACGUCUUGUUCGACGAGGAUGUGAUCGAAGUGAAUCAUUCGGUCAAGAAGCGAAGUAUAAUGCCGUAUGGUAGAGUCCACGUGGAACACAAUGUGCAACCUUACAUAAUCGAAAUCGUCGUUGUUGCUGACAAGAAAAUGGCUCAAUACCACAAGAACGAAAGUAUGCUGAGGGAUUACAUCCUGACGCUGAUGUCGCACGUAGCACUGUUAUUUAAAGACGCCACCAUAGGUAAUCCGAUAACGCUGGCCGUCGUCGACAUCAUCAUCCACAACGAGGAGAAGGACGAUCGCAUGACAUCUCAAAUGAUGCUGAACAAUUUCUGUUUGUUCAAACAAAAUCACACUAAGAAGCACGACGUGGCGCUCCUAUUAACCAGAGGUAUGAUUUGUAAGAGCGCUUCCAGAAAGGUAUGUAACACUCUGGGUGUAGCCGAGGUGGGAUCCAUGUGCACCGAUUCGAAUUGCGCCAUAGUCAGAGAUAAGGGUUUAUCCACUUCAUACACCAUUGCGCACGAGCUUGGACAUGUGCUCAGCAUGCCCCACGACGACGACGAUAAAUGCAAAAAUUACAAUGUGGAAACCAAAAACAACUACAUCAUGAGCAAGGUCCUGCACAACGAUACUAAACCGUGGCAUUGGUCGAAGUGUUCCAAGCACUUUCUCACCGAGUUCUUAGAUUCUCCUAGAUCUUUCUGUUUGAACAAUAUACCAAAAACAUUCAUGGAAAAGAAACAACUCGGAGACACAAUAGAAUUUCCUGGUGAAUCCUUUGAAGGUAACAAACAGUGCGAGUUGGAAUUCGGAGCUCGCUCGAGAAUAUGCUCUUUUAUGCCCUACUGCGGGAGUCUCUGGUGCACCACGGACGAAUACGAAUCGGACGGCUGUAGAACUCAAUACAUGCCUUGGGCCGACGGCACGUUUUGUGCGCCAGGAAGGUGGUGCCAUCAUGGUAAAUGCAUAGACCAAGACAAUAACAUCAAAACGCCCAUCAACGGAUCCUGGGGUAGCUGGCAAAACUGGGGUUCAUGCAGCAGAACAUGCGGAGGAGGUAUCAAGAUGAGCAUAAGAGAGUGCAAUAAUCCUCCUCCUGCUUACGGCGGUUCGUACUGCACUGGCGGUCGGACGAUGUAUGCAUCGUGCAACACCCAGCCAUGCAAAUCUUCCAAGGACGAUUUUAGACUGAUUCAGUGUUCGAAAUUUAACAAACAAAACAAAAGUAUUCCCGGCCUUGGGGAAAAUGUCACCUGGAUUCCUAAAUAUUUAACAGACAAGGAUGACUAUUGCAAACUCUACUGUCGCCCGAAUACGUCCAGCGAGUAUUACCUGCUUCAAGAUAAAGUUAUCGAUGGUACUAAAUGCGGCUUGAACACUUUUGAUAUUUGCAUUAAUGGCAUAUGCAAAAAUGCCGGCUGUGAUAAUACAUUGGGUUCCAAUGCAUCGUUAGAUGAAUGCGGAAUCUGCGAAGGGGACAAUAGCACUUGCGAAAUCGUCAGCGGCUUCCAUAAUCUGAGCAGCUUCGGAUACAACAGUAUUAUUAAGAUACCAACUGGUAGUUCGAAUUUAUUGGUGACCCAAAAGAAUAACGCGGAUGACAAUGCGGACGAGAAUUAUUUGGUUCUUCGCGAUAGCAUCACGCAGAAUUACAUAUUGAACGGAAAUUACGUCAUAUCGGUGUCGUCCAAGGAAUUGGGGUAUGGUGGUUUGACUAUAUUCUACAGUGGUUCCAAAGAAAACGUAGAGUCUCUAAGGACGGAAAGAAAUUUUAAACUGACAAAGGACCUGCUGUUGGAUGUGCUGAGCGUCGGUAAUGUUCGACCGCCGGAUAUUCAGUACAGAUAUACAAUCAGCAGUAAGAACGCACCUAAGUAUGGAUGGACAUACCAGGAAGAUAGAAGAUCCACAUGCUCUUCCAUCUGCGAUGGCAAGCAGACCUUGAAGAAAGUGUGUAAGCAUCUGGCCAAGAACUUUGUGGUCGAAGAUAAAGAUUGUAGAGGAAUAAGCACCAGCUACGAACCUAAAAAUUGCAAUACGCAUUGCGUACUCCAGUGGACCGUGGUUUCGAAAGGACAUUGUUCUGUUCAUUGUGGUCAAGGAAAUCGAACACUUACAUACAAUUGCGUGAAGAAAACAUUAUCCACCGGAGAGGAAAUCACCGUCAACGAGAAACACUGCAGUGCACUGCCUCCAUAUAAUCCAUACGAAAUUUGCACAGGAUCCUGCGAUUCAACGUAUUGGCGAUACAGCGAUUGGUCUAAGUGCACGAAGACGUGCGGUGGCGGUAACCAAAUGCGGUCAGCCGUAUGCACUGACCAGUUCAAUAGAAACUUGGACGAUUACCAGUGUAACCUCAACAAAAAGGUUCUGAGGCAAAGAUGCAACACCAAUAAAUGUCCGGAAUGGAGCAUCGAAGAUAAAUGGUCAACUUGUUCUGUUACCUGCGGCCACGGCUACAAAAUUCGACAGCAUGCUUGUCACAUAGAUGGACGCGUUAUCGAUGCGAACCAAUGCAACAGAAACGAUUUGGGAAAAGUUCGCAUGGAAUGCUAUACAGCGUGUACUGAUCCAAAUGCGGUGUGGAUUACUGAUCUGUGGAGCAAUUGCAGUUCCCCAUGUGGACCGGGAACUCAAACUCGCCAAGUGACUUGCGAGAACAAGGAGUACCAGAGAUUGGACGAUAAUAACUGCAGCCAUCUGAAGAAACCCAGUGACUUCCAACACUGCGAUAACCAAUGCUCUGAAGAGGAGGACAACAAUGUCAUCAAGUUUUACUGGUGGUUAACGAGUCAUUGGUCUGCCUGUAAUAGCUCAUGCAGAGGAGGAGUGAAAUCUAGGCGUGUUGUUUGCAUCAAUAUGCAUCACAAAGAAGUGGACAGUAACAAUUGCGAUUACCAAAGUCGACCCAUCGAUCGUGCAUCUUGUAAUCAGAAUAUAAAAUGCAAUUGGGACGUGUCCAUGUGGACCGAAUGUAAUAACAACUGUGAAAAGUAUAGAUUUGUAUCAUGUCCAUCAUCGUACUGUGAUCAUACCAAGCAACCCAAAUCCCGGCGUAUUUGCAAGAGAUGUCCGGCCAACAGAAACCAUAUGCAAGAUAAUCGUUAUCGCUGGAUUAUAUAUAAAUGGAGCGAGUGUUCGGUGUCAUGUGGAAGAGGAGUUAGAAAGCGCGAAGUCAGUUGUGUAGACACGAAAUUUGAUACCUUCCAUAAACACUGCCCAGAAAGUCAAAAACCGAAAACGACUCAGGUGUGCGAUAUACCCAACUGUAAAUAUAUGAUCAGGGGCGAUGCAGACUGCAGCGAUUCCAAUUGCAACGAUCUGUACAGAUGGGUUCCCGGCAAUUGGAGCGGGUGUACGCAUACCUGUGGUAAAAUGGGUCGCCAGAAGAGGAACUUAAAAUGCAUUCGAAAAGCAGACCAAAUUCCCGUGGAGAAAUGGAGGUGCCCCAAGCAUGCUAGACCCAAGCGCAAGAGGAAAUGCAAUCAGAUCAGAUGUCGUCACGAGAGCUGCAAAGAUGUCAAACAUCAUUUACAAACUAUAGAGAAUAAAGAUUACGUACUAUCCGUAGAGGGUCGUGAUGCUUUGUUGUAUUGUUACAAGAUGGAUACGAAAGAACCGGAAGAGUUUAUAAGCUUGAAACCGAAUACGGAAAAUUACGCCGAAAUGUAUCGAAACCGGCUGAGGGAUAGCGAGACCUGUCCUUAUAACGGAUAUCGAAUGGAUCACUGCGACUGUGUACCAUGGGAAGACCAAUCUGGAUUUACAGUCUUCUGGAAAAUUCGUCUGAACAUAACGACUAUGCAAAUAAUCCCUGAUGAUUUUACUUUUUCCUCGCAAAAAAAACAUUCGGGCAAUGUUAAAGUACCAUACGGAACUGCCGGAGAUUGCUACAGUUCGCAACCAAACUGUAUCCAAGGAAGAUUUUCGAUUGAUCUGACCAAUACUUCGUUCAGGCUUUCGAGGAACGUUGAGUGGACCGUUGCAGGUUACAAAGCCUCCAAAUUAGUGAACUUCGAGGAUAAUAAAGUGAUGGGAAAAUGCGGAGGAUACUGCGGCCAUUGCGCCCCUCGUCCUGACAUUGGUCUCAAAAUCGAAGUUACAUAAUAAAAUAAUUGCUCUCUAAUAAUGCGACAUUGAUAUAUUCAUCGUUAGUUUUUAAGAAAAUAUAUAAUGUAAGCAUGACAGAAAAAAAAUGCACUCGCAAAGUCAAAAAUGUCAGUAUUUAUUGUGUUCUUAUUAUUUUUGUAAAUUAGAAUUUAGAACUUUCGAAUCGAAACAAAAAAGUAGUAUAUAUAUAAUGCGCGCAAAUAACAUAUGUAAAUAACUCCAUCCGCAAGACACUAUUAUUAAUUCGAAUAAUUUAUUAGAAGACAU